ACACGCAUUUGUAGAGUAUAAAUUCCACGGCAUAUUACUUGAUAUUUUCCAUUAUUCCUUUGUGGAAAGAAAAAAGAAGAAUUAGCAGCUGUUUUUGAGAAAAGAGCAGCUGAUAGCUGAAGAAUUGCUAGCAAAAGUGGAAGGUCUUUUCUGAUUGACCUUGGAUUUCCAUGGCUGGUGAGUCUAGUUAUGGGGAUAAGGAGAGAGAUCUUCAGUACACAGCAACAUGGGCAGUUGCUGGUGUUUGUGCUGUCAUCAUAAUCAUCUCUAUUGUCCUUGAAAAACUCCUCCACAAAGUUGGAACGUGGUUAACAGAUAGGCAUAAGAAGGCUCUGUAUGAGGCGCUGGAGAAGGUCAAAGCAGAGUUGAUGAUUCUUGGUUUCAUCUCUCUGACCCUUGUAUUCAGUCAAUACUACAUUGCUGAAAUCUGCAUACCUAAAGGUGCUGCUGAUAUCAUGCUGCCUUGUAAAGCAAAAGACCCUGGUGAGGAAAAAGAGGGCCGUCGCAGGCUUUUGUCGUUUGAUCGCCGUGUUUUAGCUGGCAAAUCGUCUACUAAAUGUACAGAUAAGGGGCUUGUACCACUUAUAACAGUGGAUGGACUGCAUCAGAUACAUAUUCUUAUAUUCUUUUUAGCAGUCUUGCACGUGCUCUACAGUGCUAUCACUAUGGGACUUGGAAAGCUUAAGAUUCGUGGUUGGAAAGGAUGGGAGCAGGAGACUACCUCCCACGACUAUGAGUUUUCUAAUGAUCCUUCAAGAUUCAGGCUUACUCAUGAGACAUCUUUCGUGAGGGCGCACACUAGUUUCUGGACACGGAUACCUAUCUUUUUCUACAUUGGGUGUUUUUUCCGACAAUUCAUUAGGUCUGUUAGCAAAUCUGAUUACAUGACGUUACGAAACGGUUUCAUUUCCGUUCAUUUGGCCCCUGGAAGCAAGUUCAACUUCCAAAAAUACAUCAAACGUUCACUAGAAGAUGACUUUAAGACUGUUGUGGGAGUAAGCCCAGUUUUGUGGGGAUCAUUUGUGGUUUUCUUGCUCAUAAAUGUUCACGGAUGGCAAGCACUGUUUUGGGCAUCCUUAGUUCCUGUGAUUAUAAUAUUGGCUGUCGGCACGAAGCUACAAGCUAUUUUGACAAAAAUGGCCCUUGAGAUAACAGAGAGACAUGCAGUAGUCCAGGGCAUACCCCUCGUUCAAGGCUCCGACAAAUAUUUCUGGUUUGGUCGGCCCCGGCUGGUGCUGCAUCUCAUUCACUUUGCACUUUUUCAGAAUGCUUUCCAAUUGACAUACUUCUUGUGGAUUUGGUAUGAGUUUGGAAUCGAUUCUUGCAUCCAUGAGAAUCUCGGACUUGUGAUUAUCAAGAUUGGUGUAGGGGUUUUUGUCCUAUGUUUGUGUAGCUACAUUACACUUCCACUAUAUGCCCUCAUUGCUCAGAUGGGGUCAAGCAUGAAGAAAACCAUAUUCGAUGAGCAAACGUCUAAGGCCCUCAAGAAGUGGCACAUGGCGGUGAAGAAGAAGCAGGGGCGGGGAGGAAGCACCCCUACGCGAACCUUAGGUGGGAACGCGAGCCCAACAUCUUCAAUGGGGUCACCGUUCCACCCUACGGGCGCGAUGCUUCAGCGUUUCAAGACCACCGGUCACUCGACUCGGGGAUUUGGUUAUGAAGACCAUGAUGCAUCUGAUAUCGAGGAUCCAUCCACGCCUCCACCACCGACGGCCAGCUUGAUCAUAAGGUCCAAUGAUCCUUUGGAUCACGACCACGACCACGACAUUGAUGAGCAUCAUCUUGAUGACGAGCAUGACAGGGAAUUCGCUCUGAAUGGACAGGAAACGAGGAACGAAGAUGAUUUCUCGUUCGUGCGCCCGGCUCCCACCCAGCAGAAGUGAGGUUGGCAGAAUGCUUGUUGGAUUUUUACUCGAGAUUUACUCUAUAUUUGCUUCUGUAUUUAAAUGUGCAAAAUUUUAAAGUGGCAGGAGGCACUUGUGAUUAGAUAUUUAGAUAUUUUUGUGUACAUUUUAAUAAAUUUUGUUUAUGUUCGAAAUUUUAAAAAAAUUUAAUCACCAUUUUAUA